CCCUCACAGUUCAGAGGGAAAGCUUUUCUUCUCACAGCAGCAGUGGGGAUUUUCUGACUGCACACGCCGUAUAUUCAUCACAUUAAAAAAAACUCACUCACUGCUGGAAGCGGCGAGAGAAGGACACUUUCCUGGGUCGUGUAUCCCUCCCCUUUCUCACCUCUCUGAUUUGGACAGUCGUUGCUUAUUUUUCAUUCUUAUUAUUUGUUUUUGGACGUUUUCCCCUUGAUAGUAGGCAAUCUCCGUGGCGCACUCAGGUUUCUUGUGAGGACAUGGUAGAUUAUCAUUCUGCUAAUAACCAAUCCUCGUCAGGCGGGGUUCAGACCUACAUGGAGCAAGAGAAUGAUUGGGACCGGGACCUGCUGCUGGACCCGGCCUGGGAGAGACAGCAGAGGAAGACGUUCACAGCGUGGUGCAACUCCCAUCUGCGUAAAUCCGGCACGCAGAUCGAAAACAUCGAGGAGGACUUCAGGGAUGGGCUCAAACUCAUGCUGCUGCUGGAGGUCAUCUCAGGCGAACGGUUACCCAAGCCUGAGCGAGGCAAGAUGAGGGUCCACAAGAUCAACAAUGUGAAUAAAGCCCUGGACUUCAUCGCCAGCAAGGGAGUCAAACUGGUCUCCAUUGGAGCAGAGGAAAUCGUUGAUGGAAACGCCAAGAUGACCCUGGGAAUGAUCUGGACCAUCAUCCUCCGCUUCGCUAUUCAGGACAUCUCUGUAGAAGAGACCUCUGCGAAGGAGGGUCUUCUCUUGUGGUGCCAGAGGAAGACCGCUCCCUACAAGAAUGUCAAUGUGCAGAACUUCCACAUUAGCUGGAAGGACGGUCUCGCUUUCAACGCUCUGAUCCACAGACACAGACCGGAUCUCAUUGAUUACGACAGCCUCAGAAAGGAUGACCCAGUGACCAACCUGAACAACGCCUUUGAGGUGGCUGAGAAGCACCUGGACAUCCCCAAGAUGUUGGACGCAGAAGACAUCGUGGGUACGCUGAGGCCGGAUGAGAAGGCCAUAAUGACCUAUGUAUCCUGCUUCUAUCACGCCUUCUCUGGCGCACAGAAGGCUGAGACAGCUGCAAAUCGUAUCUGCAAAGUGCUGGCUGUCAACCAGGAGAAUGAGCAAAUGAUGGAGGACUAUGAGAAGCUGGCCAGCGAGCUGCUGGAGUGGAUCCGUCGCACCAUCCCCUGGCUGGAGAACCGAACCCAAGAGAAGACUGUAAAUGACAUGCAGGCCAAACAAGAGGACUUCAGAGACUACCGCUGUGUCCACAAACCACCCAAGGUCCAAGAGAAAUGUCAGCUGGAGAUCAGCUUCAACACUCUCCAGACUAAACUGAGACUCAGCAACAGACCUGCAUUCAUGCCAUCAGAGGGACGCAUGGUGUCUGAUAUCAAUGGAGCAUGGCACACUCUGGAAGGAGCAGAAAAGGGCUAUGAGGAGUGGAUCCUCAGCGAGAUCAGACGUCUGGAGAGACUGGAACACUUGGCGGAGAAGUUCCACCAGAAGGCUGCCAUCCAUGAAUCCUGGACUGAUGGUAAGGAGGCCAUGCUGACCCAGAAAGACUACGAGACUUCCACCCUGUCAGAGGUCAAGGCAUUGCUACGGAAACAUGAGGCCUUUGAGAGCGACCUGGCAGCCCAUCAGGACAGAGUGGAGCAGAUCGCUGCAAUUGCACAGGAACUCAACGAGCUGGACUACUACGACUCUGCCAGCGUCAACGCUCGUUGUCAGACGAUCUGUGAUCAGUGGGACAGCCUGGGAGCCCUCACCCAGCGCCGCAAAGAGUCACUGGAGAGGACAGAGAAGCAGCUGGAGUCGAUAGAUGAGCUUUACCUGGAGUACGCCAAAAGAGCGGCGCCCUUCAACAACUGGAUGGAGGGAGCCAUGGAGGACCUGCAGGACAUGUUUAUCGUCCACAAUAUUGAGGAGAUCCAGGGUCUGAUCACAGCCCAUGAGCAGUUCAAGUCCACCCUGGCAGAGGCCAACAAGGAGCGGGAGGCCAUCCAGUCCAUCCAGGCUGAGGUGCAGAAGAUCGCCCAGAGCAACGGCAUCAAGCUGAGUGGAGCAAACCCCUACACCACCAUCACACCUGAGAGCAUCGAUCGCAAAUGGGAAAAGGCUAUGAACAUGGUGCCACUGCGUGACAACGCCCUGCAGGAUGAGCUCAACAAGCAGAACUCCAAUGACACUCUGAGAGCUACGUUUGCCACUCAGGCCAACGCUGUCGGCGCCUAUAUACAGGCCAAAAUGGAGGAAAUUGGCAGGAUAUCUAUUGAAAUGAACGGCACUCUGGAGGACCAGCUGACCAACCUGAAGGAGUACCAGAAGACCAUCAUGUCUUACAUGCCUGAAAUUAACACGCUGGAGGGAUACCACCAGCACAUCCAGGAGGCCCUCAUCUUUGACAACAAAUACACCUCCUACACAAUGGAGCACCUCCGUGUGGGUUGGGAGCAGCUGCUCACCACCAUCGCCAGAACCAUCAACGAGGUCGAGAACCAGAUCCUGACGCGUGACGCCAAGGGCAUCAGCCAGGAGCAGCUCUAUGAGUACCGCGCCUCCUUCAACCACUUUGACAAGGACCACAGUGGGGCCCUGGCGGCCGAGGAGUUCAAGGCCUGUUUGAUCAGUCUGGGCUACGAUGUGGAGAACGACAAGCAGGGCGACAGCGAGUUUAAUCGCAUCAUGGGCAUAGUGGACCCCAACGGCAGCGGCGCCGUCACCUUCCAGGCCUUCAUUGACUUCAUGUCCAGGGAAACGACUGACACGGACACAGCAGACCAGGUCAUCGCCUCCUUCAAGAUCCUGGCUGCUGAUAAGAACUUCAUCACAGCUGAUGAGCUCAGAAGGGAGCUCCCCCCCGACCAGGCGGAGUACUGCAUCGCCCGCAUGGCUCCCUACACAGGGCCCGACGGCGUCCCUGGAGCCCUCGACUACAUGUCCUUCUCCACCGCCCUGUAUGGAGAGAGCGACCUGUAGAGGAGAGAGGAAGAGGAGGGCUGGACAGAUGAAGGAGGGAGAGGAGAAAGAGGGGAGGGAGGUAGAGAGUUUUUCUGUGUGCAGAGGAGACGCCAGGAAAUCGAGCAUUUGGAAGAAUUUGAGUGGUGGUUGUGAGGUGCCCCUGCGUGUGCCGGUUUAGAAAUCAUCAGAACUUUUUAAGACUCUGAGUUGAUUGAACUGUAGUUAGGUUUGGCCUCUGCCGAAUGUUUUCCAUCUCCAUUAUGUCACAAACAGGUUGAGAGUUAUCAAGGUCAAUUUGUCGUAAAGGUUUAUAUGAACAGGCAUUUCCGGGGGCAGCUGUGGGACAAGGGGACAGUUGCUCUGUAGUGUGGGUCCUUAGCUUCACCCUCUCUGCCUUUGUGGGGUCAAACAGGGGAAGGACAUGGGUUAGGUCUUGGGGGGGGUGGGGGACACAAGCUAAUCUGAUACUUAUGCUAAUUUUUGUUUAUUUUAUUAUAAUUUUUUCUUCUUGCCAGGGGGGUUCAGGGCGCAAGGCGGGGGGCAGGGCGGUGUGGGGUUUGACGUGGCGACUGGCGAGGUUUGUGUAUUAGAUCCUAGAGAUAUAUAUGCUGAGGAGUAAGGGGGUGGGAGGGGGGGCGUAUGAUCAACCAGAGAUAAAAUGACUUAAUUACCCAUUAUUUCCCAUGUUGCUGGAUAAGGUGACGUGUCUAACCUCAGCUCUUUUCCUCUUCCUGUCUUUGUUUAUUUCUUUAUUUGUUUAUUUUCUGGAGCAGGUGGGUGGUGGGGUGAGGUCUGUUGGGGAUGGUGGUCGGUGCGGGUGGGAGGGCGGGGCUCAGCGCUGUACAUACUUAUUUUUUCAGUGCGAAGAAUGACACACACACAGUCCCAGUUGUUGAAAAUAAUCGAUCGCAAGUCUUUCCAGUAGGGCAAAGUAGAGUGACAUUUAUUAAAAAAAAUAAAAUGGCAAAACACACAAAUGUAAAAGCCAAUGAUGGUGACACAGAGAGAGCAGUUUCACCAGUGGAUAGGUUUGACCUUCCAGGCAUCUUUUUUUUCUUUUUUUUUUUCGUUUAGCAAUGGAAAAUACUAAUGGAAAAAGUUGUUUGAAGAGAUGAAGUUGAGGCUCCUGUCUCUUGUAUAAAUCCCAUGACAGGCAAACACCAUAGUUAUCCACAAAUAUUUGCUUCUGUGAAACUAUUCUUCUCCUGGGGUGGGCAUCAGGUGCUUAUUUAAAUACAAAAACUAUACAUUUAUAUGAUAGAUAAGACUGUAGUAGUUAGUCCAGUUUUAUAUACCAGACUCACGCACACAUACAGAAAUAUAUACGCGUCAUGUGAUGGAUGCAUUUGAUUGGCUGAAUGAAGGUUCUCGCACUUCCUGGAUUUUUAGGGUUAUGAUGGAAAGAUACCCCUGUGACUUUUGGAAAAAUGUUGGAAGUAAAAAUAAAUAAAAAAUAAAAUAAAUGUGCCUAUUGGUGGCUACAGCCCUGUCCCUCUCUCUAUCUUACUUUCUCCCUACCUCACUCUCCCACUUCUUCCCCCUUCUCUCCCACAUCCCUCCAUCCCCUCAAUUGUCUCUGAAGAAAAGGGAAAGAAAAUUUACUGCAAGGAAGGAGGGAGGGGAAAUCGGGGAAGAGUCUUCAUGUAAACAUUCCAUCAUGUGCAAAUAAAAAAAUAUUGAAACAAAGAUAUUGUUAUGUAAAAUAAAUAAAAACAACAACAACAAAAAAAAACUAUGCAAUCAUAAUGUGUUUAAUAUCUGAACUGUGGGGAAAGUUAUGGGCAUCAAUCAGGCCCUUUCUGAGAAAGUUCCCUGUCUAAAUUAAACAGAGGAAAACAGAUUUCUCCAGUGUUUGUUGGCUGUUAGAGGGAGAGGAGGGGGAGGUCGAGGGAGGGAUAGACGGGGAAGGAACUGAGAAGAAAAGACCAGGACCAAAAGCUUGUUUCUUUUUAUUUUUUUUUCCUUUCUCUUUUUGUCCCCCUUGAGAGAUUGGAGAGAAAUGAACUCUGGAAUUGUGAUUUUCCUUUUUUUGUACUCUUUAAUAUCAAACCUUAUCUGCUGUACUGGAAACUGCAACGCCUUCUGUCUCUAAUGAUAAGUGAGUUUCACAAAGCACACAUAAAAGUUUCCUUACAAAAUUC